CCGGAUUAUGCAUGUCGCCAGCCGGCCAAGUUGAUGCAUCGACCAACUCGGGCUCGCCGCCGUCUCCACGUUACAACCAGCAUCACCAGACUUGGCCAUUGAGCAUUCCCACCACCCAGGAACCAUUACGACUAUCCGCACAGGCUACAAACCACACAAAACCCAAGUAUUCCAACGCUCGAUGGCGCGCACACACUCCAUCUCGACUUACGUCUCAUGCGUCUUGCUGGUCCUUAUUUCGUCUCUCGGUCGGCCCGCAGUUGAGGCCUCAGCACUUACCACGACCGUUGCUCCGGGAGAGAAACUUUGCUUCUAUGCCUGGGUCGACAAGCCGAAGGAGAAGGUUGGGUUCUACUUUGCAGUGCAAUCGGGUGGGUCGUUUGAUAUCGAUUGGAGCGUAACAGAUCCUAGUGAUAAAAUCGUGAUCGAGGGAGAGAAGGAACGACAGGGCGACUUUGUAUUCACUGCGCAUGAGGUCGGAGAACACUCAUUCUGUCUGAAUAAUGACAUGUCAUCCUUCAGCGAAAAGGUCGUCGACUUUGAUAUCAUGAUCGAAAGUGAACCCAGAUCAAGUCCUCCGCUCAAACAAACCAGUCUCUUGGAACAAGCCAGCAGUCUUGAAGAAAGUAUCUAUAAGCUUAGUGGUAGUCUGAGUAACAUUCAACGCACUCAAAAGUAUUUUAGAACACGCGAAAACCGAAACUCGGCAACAGUAAAAGACACUCAAAAUCGGAUCUUUUAUUUUAACAUUGGAAUCAGUCUAUUACUGAUUGGCAUAUCAUUCACUCAAGUAUGGAUAGUGCGGAAGUUCUUCAACUCUCCUGGCAAGUAUGUGAGAGUAUAAGAAAACAUGAGAGCAUCCUCUAUCUCUGGACUUUCUUUUUUUCUCUUUUUUUUUUCACCUUACCUGUAAAAUGCUUUUGAUUUUUUUUUCAAGCGAUCUCUCCCAAAUUAUUCCUUCUAGUUAGAUUCAUGUAUGCACCCAAAAUCAUCAGCAAACUCUGUGUUUACAGGAUUCCGUUAAAAAGCUUCAUGCAGGACUUUGACGCUUAGGCACCGAAUUGACUGAUGGU